UUUUAAAAUCCAAUGGAAUAAACGACGAUUCAGAACUAUUACCGUAUGAUCUAGAUAAAAAGGGAGCCGAUGACUUACAACAUGAUUCUGAUUUAAAUCUACAACCGACGAAAAGGAGACGCAACAGUAGCGGAAGUUCAAGCAGCAGUGCAAAUGAAAAGAGAGGAAAACUGGAGAGGAAAAGUUCCAGAAGCAGUGCCAACGAGAGGGGGAAACUGGAGAGAAAAAGUUCCAGUUCAUCUUCUGGGUCAGUAACUAAAGACAACAAGUUAAAUUCAAAGCGACAAAAUGGUACAGAAAGUAAAGAUGUUCCUCUCGGCACGUCUAAUAUAGUCACUGAAAAGAAAACGCGGAGUGAUUCCUCAAGUUCUGAUGAAAACGCAGAACACGAAAGUCUGAAAAGGAAGUCUAGCUCAAGUAGCGAGGAAAAAAGCGAAACAGAAGGAACUCUGUGUGUUAAUUCUGUGGAAAAGCGACUAACGGUAUAUGAAGAGCCGUGGGAUAGCAAUACACGUCCAGAAGAAAUUGAAAACUCUGAAUUGAAAUACUCAGACCACAACACCUCACUUUCCAGUAUUGAAAAUCAAAUAAUUGGAGAUCAUUUACCGUUAAUAUCCAAACAGCUUAACACUGAUAAGGAAAAGAAAAAAGGCUUAACAACAAAUCGCAACAGAACAGAGUCCAGUUCAAGCAGCGACAGUAGAAGCAGUAAAUCGUCCGGUGUAAAACACGUAACAUCCAGUCAGUCAAGCGAAGCACCACCACUUCCUACAAGUGAGCAACCAGAAAUCAUGGUAGACUCAGCAGCCGAACAAAUGGAAGUGAAACUUAUUUCAAGUGACCUCAAGUCUGAAUUACCACCACAAAAUGUGAAUUAUUUAGGAACUGCUGAUUCUGAGCCUGAGGUUGGUUGUAAACGACUUUCUGUUACGUAUUAUGGCCCCGUUUACAUGCAUGAUAAUGUACUCAUUAUGCCUACAUCAUCAACUCAGUUUUCUGGUGGGGACAGUUCGUAUCAAAGUGGUAUGAUUUUUCAAGGUCAAAUUGAACUUGAACAUGUACCACAGGAUCAGUUUGACAUCGAUUCAACUGAAAGUGCAAAAGAGGAAGAUGAGAGCACAAAUAAGUCACUAGAAAUAUCCAAUAUAAAGAUCAGUUUAUCUACUGACAACAGCGAUAUUAAUGAAUUGGAAGACGAUGUUGUUCCAGUUAUCACAGCAGAAUUUGUAAAUCAAAACGAGGCAUCUGUUCCACCAGCCGAACAUGAAAAUACAAAAUCAAAAACUAAUUCCAGUUCAUCAAGUUCGUCAAGUUCAUCAGAAUCAGAAAAUGAAACAAAACAUUCAGAAAAGAGACGCAUAGAAACACCAGUUGUUUUUAAGGAAACUAUUAAGUCAAAGGUUGGUUCAAAUUUGUCCAAUUCAUCAGAGUCUGAUACUGAAAAGGAAAAAACUAAAGAGACCAAAAUCAGCACACCAGUUUCUUUGGUUACAACAAAUGAAAAUGUACUAACUAAAACAAAGAUAGAUUUAAGUUCGUCCAGUUCAUCUGAGUCUGACAGUGAUAAGACGAACAUAAUACACUCAGGAAAGAAACCGGUCGGUUCGCCAUCGCUCGUACCAAUAUCCACAGAAGAUAAUCCGUCUAAUUCGAAGACUAAUUCAAGCUCAACAGAGUCUGAAAGUGAAAAGGAGGAAACAAUCUGUGUUCCAAAGACGCAAAUUAAAUCGCCAGUAUCUGUAUAUAUGCCAACAAAUAAUGACCAAACAAAGUCUAAAAAUGAUUCAAGCUCAUCGGAAUCUGAUAGUGAAAAUGAAAGACAAUAUUUAGAAAAGAAAGAAACAGAAAAAUCGCUUCCUACUGCAAAAGUUAAAUCCAAAGUCGAUUCAAGUUCAUCAAGUUCAACAGAGUCUGAUGACGAAAAGCAGACAUUGGUUUUAUCAGAAAUUACAGAGAAGCAGGAAAUACUCAGAUCGGAUGUCAAAGAGAAAGGAGACGAACCGGGGAAAGUGUGUUCAUUGCCAAUUAAUACAGUUCAAGGUGAAGCUUCUUUUAAGGAAGUUAAAUCUGAGAGUGGCAGUGGAUCAUCAUCUUCGUCAGAUUCAGAUUCAGAAUCUAAUGAUCACAAAGAAAAAAACGAAAACAAUUUAGUAAAACCGAAAACAGUAUCAUCAAACUCUGAAGACGAAAUAAAACAAGAUAUUAAACACCACAAUGGUUUAUCAGAAAUCGACAUUUCUAACCUAGAUAAUGGUUUGCAGAAUACAGAUGUUACUAAAACAUUACCGACUACCGAGCCAGUGUCUGUUGAACCUUCAAACGACACCAAAAUUAAAUCAAGUGAUUCGAGUUCAUCAAGCUCGUCAGAUUCAGAAACGGACGACAAACAAAACCAGAAUAUAGAUAUAUCGAAAAAAAGACCAAUGUCCUCUGAAGAUGAAGGGAAAAUAAUAAUAAACAAACCCAGUAUCGGGAGAGAAAUAGAGGAUGCUGUUAUGCCAGUUAUUCGACCAAAAGAAGUAGUAAACAGUGCGCAACCAGUUAUACCAGAAUACGAACAAACAUUAGAGUACGAAAUACCUUCUGUAGAUGUGAACAAACCAGAUAAUGAACUACCUAAUGAAACAAAUUUGUCAUCAAUUGACACAUCACAUUCACUUGAAACUGUGGAGAACCCUAUAAUUAUUAAAUCGGAAUUAUCAUUACCGCCACAACCGGAUAUAGAUAUAGCAGAUGCAUUACCAGCUUCACCCGAAGCUGAAAUUAUCCUACCAGAAAUAAACAUAACCACUGAAUCUUCUGUCAAAUCCGAAUAUGAAUCGUACGGAAAGAUAGAUAACGACAAGACAUCUGGACAGGAAUUAGAUUCUGAAGACUUCAAGGAUGAUUUAUCUAAAAAAGACGAUAAACCCUCUGUUCGUCUGCAGAAACAGAAGAGCAAGACAUCAAAAUCGUCGUCUUCAAGCGAAUCUAGUUCUUCGAGUUCUUCCGAUUCCGAAUCUUCGCAUGGUUUCGACGUUUCUUCGAGAAAAGAAAGGGAGAAUGCAAAAAGUGAUAUGAACAGGGAGAAAAAUGCAGAGGAUAUUAAUUCACACAAAGAUGACGUCAUUGAACUUUUGGAGAAAACAAAUUCUGUUGAAAUGGAAGAAAGCGCAAUUAUAGAUAUACCGUCCAGGAAGAUAAAUUUAGUCGAUGCUGUGGUAACACCAGAGUUUGAUAUUUCACAAAAAAUGAAAGAAAUUGAUUCUAAAAUGAUCGAUUUAGAUUUACCAGACAUAAAUAAACCGAUAUAUGGUGCUGAAUCAGAAGUUAUCGCAAAUAUCAAAACCUGCGAACCGGACGUUGACAUGAGUUCACCUGCUACAUCAUCAGAUAUUACAUUUGAUUGCAAACCAGAAAUCGACUCCAAUUUAAAAACUCAAAGUCUCGACUAUCCUAAAAUUGAUCCAAGCAAAAAACUGAUGAACGAAUUUGACAGGCAAAAUGCUUUUGAAGUAGAUAUACCAUCAGACAAAGUCAGUAAAACUUUCGAUGAUGCAGUAUCGAUGGAACUACCCCAAAACUAUAUGCAAUAUAUUCCAGAUAAUUCAGAAUUCGAAGUUCCAAAAGGAAAUGUACCAGCAAUCAGCAUGGAACAACCAAUAGAAGGCACAUCUUCAAAAUCCACUAAAAAGGCACACAAAACAAAAGAUUCAGGAAAAAGAAAACCAGACUUUGGAUUAAAAAUUCCAGAAAAGAUAACAUCAUUGGUACAUAAACUGUCGUUUAAAGGUGGUGAUAAAAACCGACUAAAAUCGACGGAAAAUUUAACUGCAUCGGAGCCUAUUCUUUAUAAGACAGUAACAAUAUCUGGUACCGAAAUGAGCCCGAAAACCAAAGAUAAGAAAGAUGACAGAACUGAAACAAAGGAACCAACGAAAAAAGCAAGUAAGAAAAGAAGCAAGUUUCGAUUAAAGAAGAAACAUAGAUCAACGUCAUCGUCUUCCUCUUCGUCAAGUGAGUCUGAAGACGAAAAGAAAAAGAUUCAAAGUGAUAUGAAUCAUGCAGAUAAAGAGGUCCAAGUUAAUGUUUUCAAAGUUGAUCUCAAAACGAAAGCUGUUCCUAAACCAGAUGGAAAACAAAGCAAGAAGAAGAAACAUGCCAGAGAAGGACCAUCCCCACCAACAACUCCAGAAUCGCCAUUCGAUAAAUUAUCUCACAUAUUCCAUAGAACUCAUAAAGCAAAGAUCACAGAACCAAUAAAAGAGGAUAAAAAGAAAGAAAAAGAGAAAAAAGAAAAUAAAAAGUCCCCAUCAAGAUCUUCGUCUGAUAACAGACAUAGAAGCACAUCACAAACGUCGACAGAUGAGCAGACGACAAAAUCCGAUGACUACAACCAACCGGAAGACGAAGACGAUAAACAUCGUCAUCAUUUAGAGAAUGAAGACAAAAGUCCUCUUAAAACACUACAAGAGUAUUCAAAACUUCUGGAUAAACAAGUUGCUAGAACGCGACCUGAUAUGUCACCAGACACAGACGAAAAUACGACUAAAGAAAAUAAACAACUGAAAGGAACAAGUGACGAAGAAAAUUCAAUAAUGCAAGAUAAGGAAACAGUCCCUAUUUCAUGCUCUGUUGAAGAACUAGUUGUUGAGGAAAAGAUUGAACGAGUUGAGGCACCUCAAAAAUCGUCAUCAGAGUCAGUUUCUUCAGAUAACGAAAAUUUGAAAGAAGUUAUAACAGCGAGUGCUGUUGAAAGAAAAGCGUCACUGUCUUCCUUGGAACGUGAAAUUUUCCCUACAACUCCUCAAAGUGAGAAUGGUGAAUUAGAGGUUAGCAUUAGAAAACCUUCGCCGUCUAUUGACACAAAAUAUACAGAUUGUUCAUCUGAAAUUAUCAAUCCGGAUCUUCCUUCGCUGGAUCUAGAAACAGACCAAACCAUAGAAAUGAAGAAACCAUGGAUAUCUCCAGCAGACAAAGCAAAGUUAAAACGAUCUGAUAGUACGUCAUCAUCUUCUUCGUCUUCCUCUUCAUCGUCUUCAAAGUCUUCCCAAAAAUCUGUGAAAGAAAAAGUAACUGAUGUGGAAAUACACUAUACAACGGAAACAAAGAAAACACCAGCCAAUGUGGAGACGGAAAGAAAAACCAUCCAAGAGGAAUUUAUCAAGCAAGAAGGACAACCCAGACUAAAUGCUGUUUUAAAUAAAAAGCUACCGAACGUAUCAGAAACAGAAGACACACAGCCAGAUAUUGCUCCAAGAAGGGAAUUAUCAAUUGACAACACAGAACGUCUAGAGGUGGAACAUGCUCUCCAGACGUUAGACAACUCCAUCAUAGCAGCAGAGCAAUCGCCUCCCAAAUACCAAGGUCAUUUUGUAGUAGUGGCUAUUGACUUUGGGACAGCUUAUAGCGGCUAUGCUUUCAGCUUUACUCGUGAUCCUGAUAGUAUCCAUAUGAUGAGAAAAUGGGAAGGAGGGGAUCCUGGCAUCAUAAAUCAGAAAACCCCCACCAUUAUGUUACUGACCCCUGACGGAUCGUUCCAUUCGUUUGGGUACAAUGCCCGUGAUAACUACCAUGAUCUGGACAAAGAAAGGGCUCAAGAAUGGAUGUACUUUGACAAGUUCAAAAUGACCCUACAUACAGCUACUGAUUUGUCGACAGAUACAAUGUUAACAGCUGCCAAUGGCCGUAACUACCCUGCCUUAAAGAUAUUUACAUACGCAAUGUCUUACCUUCGAGAUCAUGUGAUCCGGGAAUUGUCAGACCAAUCUGGUGUUAAGAUCCUAAAUGAAGAUAUCCGAUGGGUGGUAUGUGUACCUGCCAUAUGGAAAGCACCAGCUAAACAGUUCAUGAGACAGGCGGCGUACAAGGCUAGUAUUGCAUCUGAAGAAUUCCCAGAUCAACUUCUAAUUGCAUUGGAACCUGAGGCAGCGUCUAUUUACUGUCGGAAGUUACGUAUGCACCAGUUAGUUCCAGAAUCUCCUCGUCAGGUGCAGUCUCCAACUAGAAACGAACCAGUCAACUUAGAUAAUGCAUUCGAAGUUUCUAAUCAAGGUACCCGUUACAUGGUAGUAGAUUGCGGUGGUGGAACUGUUGACAUAACAGUACAUGAGUUGGACAGUACUGGAAAAUUAGCAGAACUCCAUAAAGCAAGCGGCGGUCCAUAUGGAUCCAUCGGUGUUGACGUUGAGUUUGAAAAGUUAUUAAUGUCAAUUUUCGGGAAGACAUUGAUCGAGCAAUACAAAGUCAAAAGAUCUGCAGGUUGGGUUGAUAUGCUGAUAGCUUUCGAGUCGAGAAAAAGAUCUGCAUCACCGUAUAAAACAUCGCCUCUAAAUGUAGCAUUGCCUUUCUCAUUCAUUGACUACUACCGAAAACAUAAGUUGACAGGUAUAGAUACAGCUAUAAAACGACAUGGAGACAGAGAUGUCACAUGGUCCUCACAAGGAAUGCUGCGACUGGCACCUGAGGCAAUGAACAUAUUAUUUAAACCAACAAUUCAAAAAAUCAAAGAAAAGAUUGGUUCUAUAUUGAAUAAUAAUAUCAAAGACCUGAAAUAUAUGUUCCUUGUUGGUGGAUUUGCUGAGUCCGCCAUUGUACAAAAUGAAAUAAGACAAGAAUUCGGAAAUUUAAUUCAAGUUAUAAUACCACAAGGGGUUGCUAUGACGAUUCUUAAAGGUGCUGUGUUAUUUGGCCUUGAUCCAACAAUUGUCAACGUAAGAAGAUGUCCUCUUACCUAUGGAGUUGGUGUCCUUAAUAGAUAUAAUCCGAAAAAACAUCCACUGAAAAAGAAAGUUUCACGCCAAGAAAUAGAAUGGUGUACGGAUAUUUUUGAUAAAUAUGUUGUUGUCGAUCAGGCAGUUACAAUUGGUGACGUCAUUUUACGUAGUUAUACUCCAGCCCGUCCUGACCAAAGACUUAUUCAAAUCAAUAUUUACUGCUGUGAAGACAAAGAUCCAAAAUUUAUAACGGAUCCAGGAGUACAUAAAGUAGGAACAGUAACAUUACAUUUGUCAGGGACCAGUGAAGACAAAAUGCCAAAGAGGCGAGAGAUACAAACAAGGAUGCAGUUUGGAGAAACUGAAAUCAGAGUUAGUGCUCUUGAUGUAUCUACGGGUGAACAUAUCCAAUCGACUGUUGAUUUUCUCAGUCGAUAAACGGUGAUUUCGUUUUGUAUUUUAUGUAACAAAUACUAUAGUUGAUAUUAACUUUAUGUCAGAACUUAGAAAUAUCUUUAUAUUUAUAUUUGUAUUACGUAUUUAACUUAUUGUGCCAUAUCUAAAACCAUUUUAACCAAUAUCUUUUUUGUCUCAAACAUCUUGAUAGAUGCAGAUUUUUAUAAUACGCUUUGUAGUAAUGUACAAAAAGCUAAAGAAGUGAAGGUAUUAUUUCAUUUCAGCUUUAUUUGGGUGGAAUACUGAAGAGAGAAAAAAAAAGUAACGGAAACAAAUAUAUAAAUCACUGUAACAUGAAGUGAUUUGUAUUGCAAACUAGUGCAAACAGUUUAAAUAUCUAUAAAACGAGUAAAUAGUUCUUAUUUUUAGAUAAUGCGUUCUGCUAAGGCUUUCAAACUUAUAUGAAAUUCGACAGUAUAAGCAAUACUCUGAAAUGUGAUUGAGAUAUACAUUACUUAUUACUUUAAAUGCACGUUUAAAGACACCAGCAGUACAACCGUUAAAAAAUUCCUGAAAUUCUUUGAAAUAGCUAUGUCUAAUCACAAACAGUUCAUAUAGAUCUUUUAAAUACUGAAAAAUGUUUUUCGAUGAUUUUUUUGCUGGAAUAAUUUUUCUUUGUUAUAUAUCUCCAGUAUAAAUCAAAGAACUAUUAAUGGAUGUGCAUGAGAAAAAAAUGAGAUUACUAAGGAAGACGCUGAAGACGUUUAAAGAUAAAUUGAGUCCUAUAAAUAUGUGUUCCGCUUGGCGUCACUUAGGGAUCAAUAUUGUAAUAUUACGUCUGCGUUUUGUAAUACUGUUCUUGAACUCGUCUUCUCCUUGAUAACUCACUGGAAACUAGAAUAGUGUCAAGUAUUCACAGAUUUGAAAAGGAAGAUUGCACUAUCUAUAACUAUAUCCAACAGCUGUUUGUCUGAGAGAGAGAGAGAGAGAGAGAGAGAGAGAGAGAGAGAGAGAUUCCAUCCAAUCACGUACAACACAUGUCUUCCAUGGAAUAUUAUAUAUUAUUUAAUAUUUUUUUGUAAUAUUUCUAUCAUGUAACAAAACAUUUAACUAUGUAUUAUGUUAUUUAUGAUAUAAAAGAUAUAAUAUUAUUUUGUAUUUCAUAUAGGGUGUACUUUAGGUAAGUAAUCUAAAUUGUUACCGACUUUAGAGUAUGCAUCUAUACAAACCUAUGUAUUAUAGUUACUUAAAUAAAAUAGCCAAUCGUGUUA